GCGUCUUGGUGACCUGCGCCUGCGCAGAGGUACCCCAGAGGCGCCUUUGGCUGGGACUCCCUGAGACUCCGGCUGGGUUUCCACCGUGACGCUCUCCAGCGCGCUCCUCUUUGGUACCUUCUGUCGGGUCCCACGCCUGGCUCAGCCAUGAGCCGGUGCGCUGAGGCGGCGGCGGUGGCUGCCACUGUGCCGGGCGCAGGCGUCGGCGACGCAGGGGUGCGGCAGUCCAUGGUGCCACGCCAGGCGUCCUUUUUCCCGCCGCCGGUGCCGAACCCCUUCGUGCAGCAGACGCAGAUCGGCGCAGCCAGGCGGGUCCAGAUUUUCCUUCUUGGAAUCAUCCUGCUUCCAAUCCGUGCCUUAUUGGUUGCAUUAAUUUUAUUACUGGCGUGGCCAUUUGCUGCAGUUUCAACAGUGUGCUGCCCUGAAAAGCUGACUCACCCAAUAACUGGCUGGAGGAGGCAAAUUACUCAAACAGCUUUGAAGUUUCUGGGUCAUGCCAUGUUCUUUUCAAUGGGAUUUAUAGUUGCUGUGAAAGGAAAGAUAGCAAGUCCUUUGGAAGCACCAGUAUUUGUUGUUGCCCCUCAUUCAACUUUCUUUGAUGGAAUUGCCUGUGUCGUAGCUGGGUUACCUUCCCUGGUGUCCCGAAGUGAGAAUGCACAGGCCCCUUUGGUUGGCAGAUUGUUACGGGCUGUGCAACCAAUAUUGGUGUCCCGUGUAGAUCCGGAUUCCCGAAAAAACACAAUAAAUGAAAUAAUAAAGCGAACAACAUCGGAAGGAAAAUGGCCCCAGCUACUAGUUUUCCCAGAAGGUACUUGUACUAAUCGUUCCUGUUUGAUUACUUUUAAACCAGGAGCCUUCAUUCCAGGAGUUCCAGUACAGCCAAUCCUCCUCAGAUAUCCAAACAAGCUGGAUACUGUGACGUGGACUUGGCAAGGAUAUACAUUCAUUCAGCUUUGUGUGCUUACUUUCUGCCAGCCCUUCACAAAGGUAGAAGUGGAGUUUAUGCCUGUUCAAGUUCCAAGUGAUGAAGAGAAAGAUGAUCCUGUCCUUUUUGCCAAUAGGGUUCGGAAUUUAAUGGCAGAAGCUCUGGGAAUACCAGUAACAGAUCAUACCUAUGAAGACUGCAGACUGAUGAUUUCAGCAGGACAGCUAACAUUGCCUAUGGAAGCUGGGUUGGUGGAGUUUACUAAAAUUAGCCGGAAAUUGAAAUUAGAUUGGGAUGGUAUUCGCAAGCAUUUGGAUGAGUAUGCCUCUAUCGCAAGUUCCUCAAAAGGAGGAAGAAUUGGAAUUGAAGAAUUUGCCGAGUAUUUAAAGUUGCCUGUUUCAGAUGUCUUGAGACAACUUUUUGCACUCUUUGACAGGAACCACGAUGGCAGUAUCGACUUCCGAGAGUAUGUGAUUGGCCUGGCUGUCCUGUGCCACCCUGCCAACACGGAGGAGAUCAUCCAGGUGGCCUUUAAGCUCUUUGAUGUUGAUGAGGAUGGCUACAUAACUGAGGAAGAAUUUUCCACCAUUCUCCAGGCUUCCCUUGGAGUGCCUGACCUUGAUGUUUCUGGUCUCUUCAAGGAAAUAGCCCAAGGGGACUCUGUUUCCUAUGAGGAAUUUAAACUAUUUGCUCUAAAGCAUCCAGAAUAUGCGAAGAUAUUUACAACGUACUUAGACCUUCAGACCUGCCAUGUGUUUUCACUACCAAAAGAAGUCCAGACGGCUCCUUCCAUUGCAAGUAAUAAAGUCAGUCCUGAAAAGCAUGAAGAGAGCACCUCAGCCAAAAAGGAUGACUGAAAGCUGCGUUCCCCACAGCGAGAAGGCAGUGGCUUCCACUUGAACUUGUAAAGGCAUUUAUUGAGAGUAUUUUUAAUGUGUUUAUUAACUAAUGAUGUUUAAAAUGGAAAGCUUUUUUUAUAAAAAUGAUUUUCUGAACUAAAAAUGCUUUUAUUAACCUGCAUAAAUCAAGCAAUUUCCUUUUCUUUUGUGUUAUAUUGUGCUUUACUGAUCGGUUUACUGGCAAUGGGUAUGCUUUUAUGGAUUUCCCAGUUUUAUUUGCAUAUCCAAAUGAAUCCAGUGGUCUUACUAUUUACUGGUGAGCAUUGUUCAAUGUUGUAAAGAGUUUAAAAUGUAUAAAUACUUUUGAUCAACAUUGUAAAGAGUUUAAAAAGUAUAAAGCUACUUUUCUUAAAAAAACAGUAAGAAUCUGUUAUAGUCAAUCCCUUUCCAUUCUGGAAAUGAGAAGGAAGAAUCUGAGAAGCAUUGCAGAAUUUUAUACCUUUGACUUCACAGAUUUAUUUUUCCAUUUAAAUUUCAGCUUCUUAGAUCACUGAAUGUAAGAGGAGAAAACUCCAUUAAUUAUCUUAAAAAUUCAUGUACUCUUUAACAUGUAUCUCUGUUGCAAAUUUUCUUGGCCAUCUGCUAAAGAAAUCCUAUCUUUCAUGUAGUUUACAUGAACUACAGGUUUAGAACUUUGUUUUAAAGACAACUGCCAUGGCCAAAGGCUAAGUGGGAAUUGCCUUAUUGAAGGUAACAUUGAUUGCCUAAUGAGAAAAUGAAUUGUUUGCCACAGAGUUGAAUUUAAUUUGAGUUGGAUGGUUCAGAAUAUAGCACUGGCUCAAUGAAGGAGUCAGACUUGUUCUAUUUAUAUAAUAUUAGAAUUAAUAUGUGUUACCUUCCAAGAGGGAAUUUUAUUUUGUUAACUGUCCUCUUAAAUUUUAGAGCUUGUGUGAAAUAGCUUCAUGGAAAACACAAAAGGUUCUGAAGUAUCAGCAAAAGUUAGGGAAUCCAAAAACCUAUUUUAUGAAUGCAAGACCACAAUUUAAGCCCCAGGCAGGAAUCCAACUGUAACAUUUUUCCUUUAGGCUAAGCCAUAAUUUCCCCGAAGUGCCAAUUUUUAUUAGGUCUCAUGCAUGCAAAUUGUUAAUAUCAUUUAUGUUUGAGACUCUGAACAAAGAACCAAUUUAUUAAUGUACAAAAAUAGUUGCUGUAUAUUCUAAAUUUAGUCUUUGGAAUAAAACUCUUUGUUUUGGCUAUGUUUCUGAAUGUAUUGGUGAUUCACCCCCAAGCUAGUAUUUUAAAGUCAUUUUUGAAGUUGAGAAGUCUCAUGAGAGAUUUUGAAGUAUAUAUUUAAUUAAGUGUCAUGAUUUCAAACUAAUUUUAUAUAUUAAGCAGUUAGUGUUCUAAUUUAAUGAGUAAAUAUGUAUUUGGAUAAUUGAAUACCAGAAAAUUUCAUCUUUAAGUAUAUGGAACUAUUUGCUUUUUAUUUGUUUUAAAGCCAUUUAAACAGGUCAUUAAAUGAACUGAAACAAUUGCUUAGAUAAUUAGGAUGGUACAUUAUAAUAGUGUCUGUUGUAUGCAGUGAAUGUACAUAACACUCGGGUAUCAUGAUUGCUUUUUGUCACUGAAAAGCCACAUAUUAAUCCUAUUAAACAUGAAAGUAUAAGAUUGUAAAUUAAAGGCUUUCUAUGGGACCCUUGAAAAUGAUCCCAUGGUUUUCCUGUUUUAAAAUGAUAUUUUAUGCUCUUUAAUUCCACUUAUGUGAAUGUAAUAUUUCUAUUUUAUGAUUAUGUUACUGAAUACACAAACUUACCACCUAUAUUUCUUGGCACUUAAAA